AUCAACAAAGGAUUAAUGAAUUUAGUAAAGCAAAUACAAAAUAUUCCGAUUUAGAAGAAACGUACGAGAAUAAAAAACAAGAGAAAGAAUAUCUUGAUGAUUUAACAAAUGAAUUGGAGCUUUUAGAUGAGGAGGAAAAGAUAAAGUAUAAGAUAGGAGACUCAUUUAUUGAUUUACCAAUUCUCAAAGUGCAAGAAUUAAUUGAAAAAGAUAAAGCACUGUUGGAAGGAGAGUUGGAAAGUAUAAAGAACGAAUUUGAUGAAUUAAAGAAUAAAAUGUCAAAUUUAAAAGUUCAUUUAUACAGAAAAUUUGGUAAAGCAAUCAACUUGGAAAGAUAA